GAUGGACAUUUUGAAUCCUCCAUCAUGACAAAGGCUAUUGUAAAAUACAACGGGACCGUGAGGUGGACACCUCCUGCGAGCUACAAGAGCUCUUGUACAAUAGAUGUCACUUUUUUUCCAUUCGACAAACAGAACUGCUCAAUGAAAUUUGGAUCGUGGACCUAUGAUGGUGGAUUGGUUGACCUCAUUCUCGUAGACCAAGAUGUGGACCAGAAGGAUGUUUUUGACAAUGGAGAGUGGGAAAUCUUAAAUGCCACUGGGAUGAAAGGGACGAGAAGCGAUGACUAUUAUUCUUAUCCAUUUAUCACCUAUUCUUUUAUAUUGAGGCGCUUGCCUUUGUUCUACACAUUGUUCCUGAUUGUCCCUUGCCUAGGCUUAUCUCUUCUUACUGUUCUGGUAUUUUACUCACCGUCAGAUGAAGGGGAGAAACUAUCAUUGUCCACUUCAGUUCUAGUCUCCUUGACUGUGUUCCUCUUGCUUAUUGAAGAAAUAAUCCCUUCCUCUUCAAGGGUUAUCCCUUUGAUUGGCGAGUACUUAUUAUUCAUUAUGAUCUAUGUCACCCUCUCGAUCAUUGUCACUGUCUUUGUUAUAAACAUUCAUCACCGAUCCUCAACCACUUACCACCCCAUGGCUCCAUGGGUCAAAAAGCUGUUUCUUCAAACCCUUCCCAGACUUUUGUGCAUGAGGGGCCACACUGAUCGCUACCACCACUGUCCAGGAAGUGCUCCAAAUAGUCCAAAGGGAAAGCAAAAAGCCAAUGAGAAGCAUCGUCAUACUUCUUCGACAAGGAGUGAAGAACAUGCAGCAAUGGUGACCAUCCUAGAAAAGGCUGCUGAGUCGGUGAGAUACAUCUCAAGCCACAUAAAGAAGGAGCAUUCCAUUCGAGAGGUAGUGGAAGACUGGAAAUUUGUAGCUCAAGUUCUCGACCGGAUUUUCUUAUGGAUAUUUUUGCUGGUGGCCAUUCUUGGAUCAAUAUUGAUAUUUGCACCAGCGCUUCGAAUGUGGGAGAGCAUUGUCAUAAUGCCCAAUUGAAACUAUAAUAACUAAUCAAAGAUGUAGCCCAUUGGUAUUUUGGAGCUGGUUUGCAAAUAUAUUGCUUGUUACAAGAUUCUAGACAAAAGAAUUAUAUUUUGUUGGAAAAUGAUUUGAUAAAUAGUUAUUUAAAAGGCAUGGGGACAUACAUGUUCAUAGAUAAUGGACAGGGUUUUCACUAGAUUUCUAUGGAAAUACCAAAAUCUUUAAUUAACUUAAUAAAAGGGGUAAAUUAUGUACAGGGCAAUUCAGAUUUCUGUGUAUUUUGGCAAAUAACUAAAAAGUAUUGAAUUGGAUGUUGACCUUGUCAGAGUGACUGCACUCUUAGAUCAAAUAAAUUCCUGCAACGA